CUCCCACCCUCCCUCUGUCCUGUAGAGAAGGCUGAUCCUUGCUCUCCAGAUGCCAAGAUUUCCCUCAGGUGACCCCUCCAUAGGGCCUCCCUACAGUGCUGUUUGUCUUCUCAUCUCCCUGGAGGAGAGCAGGGCGGUGGGGCUGCCCCUGCUGCUGCUGCUGCUGCUGGCAUCUUUGCAGGCUGGUAGCUUGCCAGGAUCCAAUCCAAAGACUGGCUAUGGGGUCGACCAACCAGAGCACCUCUCAGCCCCCCAGGGUGGCUCCAUCCACAUCCCCUUCUCCUUCAAUCACCACUGGGAGUUAACCAAGGUUCACAACUUGAGUAUAUCCUGGAGACGGAAGCACUUCCAUGGGGAGUUCAUCUACAACAUGACCCCUCGUUUCAUCCAUAAGGAUUACAAGAACCGGCUCUUCCUGAACUGGACGGAGGGUUCAAAGACCGGCUCCCUCCAGAUCUCGAACCUGCGGAGGGAGGACGAGAGUAUCUACUUCUGCCGGGUCCAGUUGAACACACUGAUUGGCCGCAGGGAGGUGUGGCAGUCCAUCCUGGGGACCAACCUCACGAUCACCCGCGCUGUCAAGACAACCACCCUGGGCCCUACCACCACUGCUGCCACCACCACUGCCACCACGACCACAGUUGACUGCAGGGACUCAGGGGGCAAGAGGAACUCAGAGUCUCAGUCCCCGAGUCUGGAACCUGUGGUUGGGGUGGCACUGGCCAGUGCUGUGCUGAAAAUCACAAUUUUGGGACUGAUGGUCUACCUCAGGUGGAAGAGAAGGAAAGGUCUGCGGACUAAAGCCAGAACCCCAGCCAGGGGAUCCUUCCAGAACACUGAGGAGAAGUACGAGAAUAUUGGGAAUACAGACACUUGCCUCUUCAGGAAUGUGACAAAGCUCUCCUUCGGAUUCUUUCUCUGAUCCACAGCCAGAUGGCAGCCAAGAGAGGCAGCAGCUUGGCCCUAUCCCUGUGGCGCCUGUGCAGCUCUGAGUUCCUGGUCCCAAAAUUCUCUGGCUUCUAUCACUGAGAUGUGUAGUGCUCACUGUCCUGCUCUGGCCACUCCUCCUCCACUGUUGACAGCAUCCUGGGCUGCCUGACUGACUGCUCAUCCACAUGGUGGGGGACUCCACACUUCGGCAGUGGUGGGAGUAUCUGAAGGAGGGUGCAGGCGUGUCUGGAAGGCAGCAGGCAGUCCAGCCAAACUGGAGCGGAGAGUCUGCCUUGAGGAGGACUGGGUGAGAAAGUUUGGGUUAUUCUGCAGGCCUUGUGGAGCCAUUGAACAUUGCGAGUAGAGGAAUCUAAUCAUAUGGGUCAAGUUUUCUUAAGAGCUUUCACAAAAAGAAGCUUGAAAGAAACUUCUAAGAGGACAAUCACUCUGAGCCCAGUCUCCUAAUAUCUUAAGCACUGCUUUCCCUGUCAUCAACCCUUCUCCACACCGGCCUCACUGCCUCCCUGUAAUGGAUCAUUUCCACCAGUGUUUGCAUCCAUUCAGGACUAUUCUUGUUGUAACUGAAGACACAGUUAAAGCAGCUCCGGGAGGAAACGAGUUAAUUGGCCCAAGUGGCUAAAGAGUUAAGGAGUGGAUCUGGCUUUCAGCAAAGACUGAAGCUGGUCAUCAGGUCUCUUUCUCUUAACUGCUCACUUCUGCCCCCUUCUGUUUAGCUUCAUUCCUGGUCUGCAUUUGGUGGCCCAGCAGCAAUGGGCUCUUCCAAGAAGGUGGCAAGAUGACCCAUCCUCCCAUGUCUGUCUUGCAGGAAAGAGCUUGACUUUCUUCCACUAGCUCCAGCAAAGACCCUCGGAUUAUCAAGACUGGACUAGUUUAAGUGACCCAUCCAUCCUGAGGACAAUCAGUGGGGCCAAAGCAAUGUGUUGCUCUGGAUGACGAGGCCUGAGUAAUGGGCAGAAUAUCCAUGUUCUGGAAAGUAGGUCAAAACUGGAAUUUUUGUUUGUACAGGUUGAGUGCAUAGCUCUAAAUAACCAGCCCCCUCCUCUGUCAUCCUCCCCAUAGCCCUGAAGCUGGUGGAUCUACAUGCCAGAUAUCAGAUGGGUCCCCUGAUGGCCGUGGAGAUCACUCGGGGCAUAGUGCUACACUGGCGAGCCCACAGCUGGCCCCUGUGCUGCCUCUGCACACCAGGGGCCUCUCUGCGCUCCAUGGUCUGGGAGCCUGGUGACCAAGCUGGGGGCCCCUGCAUGUGGUGGUGCUGGACCUGGGUGCCCACUUCACCACCUUCCCCACACCCAUCUUUGUGCAACAAAUGGCAGGGACUCAGGUUGCUGCAGCUGCACUGCUGGCCCAGGAACCCCGUACUCUUGUGAUCAUCAAACUGGCCAACACUGGCUACCAGUCUGUUUAUAGCAGUGACUAGUUCACCUGCCAAAUGAAUUGGCUCCUCUGAGGUGCCUUUUCUGACCUCCAUGUGGACUUUGUGGAUACCUGGGAAAUGACCUCCAGGCUGGCCCUGCCAGACAGCAUCCACUCAAGGCCACUCAUCAUCCACAAUGAGGUGGACUUCCUCCUGUCCUUCAUCUGCACCCCCUGAGUGCUUCUGCAGGUACUGGGCUGGGUGGGUGGAGAGCUGGGGCAAUGAUCAAGCCUGGAAGCCCUUCCCCUCAGCUGACUGUACCUCUCCUCUUACCUCCAUCUAAUGCACAGGCAAAAAAUCAACCAGCAAGAAUUGGGAUGUGGGUGGUGGCAGGAGAGGGAAGCCUGGCAAUGGUCCAAUGCAUCUUAAAAGGUUUAGUUCCAUGUGGAAAAGCAGUGCUGAGGGGACCAGAGGGUGGGAACAGAGUCAGCAACAUCUAUCACAUCAGUACAUAUGAGGACUGUGAUAUUCUGUGCCGGAGUCUCCAUUGAGAGAGUUAACCAGCUUUGCAAAUAUAUAAGAGAUGGAUUCCAUUCCAGUUGAUCAGAGCCACCUUGGUGGAAAGCCUGCCUAUAUAUAUAAAGAUUUUUAUGGAAUUAUUUGUAAAAUAAAAUAUUUCU